UCCCUCACAUCCUUCUCCUCACACCUUCUGCUCCUGUGUCAACAACCAGGUGAGACCCUCCACACCACACCCAUGGCCUGCAACGACCUCUGCUCCCCCUGCGGACCCACCCCGCUGGUCAACAGCUGCAACAAGCCCUGUGCCCUGCAAUGCCAGGAUUCCCGCAUCAUCAUCAACCCUUCCCCUGUGCUGAUCACCCUGCCAGGACCCAUCAUGACCUCCUUCCCCCAGAACACCGCCGUCGGAUCCACCUCCUCGGCUGCUGUUGGCAGUGAGCUCAGUGCCCAGGGACAGCCCAUCUCGGGUGGAUUUGGUGCCUUUGGCUACGGCCUCGGCUAUGGUCGUGGGUUUGGCUACGGCCUGGGAGGCCUGGGCUGCUAUGGCAGAAGGGGAGGUUACAUCUGCUGA